AUGGAUGAUCUAUCGCAUCCUUCCCGAAGUGGGUUGGAUACUCAAUCUACCAAUAGAAAGGGAAAACGUGGUGCCACGCUAAUGAAAAAGUUAGCACCUGACCCUAUUGAUGGACAACGGAUAUCGAUUGAAUUUGAUCAAUCAAUUGGAAAACCGUUAGGGGAAAACAAGACAAAGUUCAAGAGUUACGUAGGUUUCCUUGGUCGAAGCAAAGUCAGUAUUUUGAUGGAGGAUUGGGAUUCCGUAGAUGAGGACGUGAAGAACGACAUUUGGACAUCCAUCCUGGAAGUAUGGGAUGUUCCUAAUUCUGAGUUCUUGCGAAAGAAAUGGAUUUCAUAUGCAGGUGAACGUUGGAGGGCAUUUAAGAAUACUUUGACUUCUAGAUAUAUACAUGGGGAUCUUAGUGAUGAAUCUCCUCUUGAGGUCUAUAGUUUUCUUAAUGAAGAAAUAUGGCAGGCCUUUGUUCAAAGGCGACUGGACCCUUCCUUUCAGGAGAAAAGAAAGAAAGCACAAAUGAUCUCGGCCCAUAAUAAACACCCUCAUAGAUUAUCUCGUGGGGGAUAUGAGUUGCUCCAGGAGAAGAUGAUUCAAGAGAAAUUAAAAGAAAAGCAAGAAUCAUUGGGAGAUUCAGUAGUUGCACCUCCAUCUCCACCAGCACGCCACGAGCAAUGGAAGAGAGCCCGACAAAAGCCAUCAGGAGAUUACAUAACAGAGGACACACGCAUUGUUGCUGAGAAAAUUGAUUCUCUAGUUGAAAAAACAUCUCAAGGAGCUUUUGUUCCACAAGGACGUAAAGAUAUUUUGGUAGAAGCCCUUGGCCAACCUGAGCACCCUGGUCGUGUUCGUGCUGUUGGUCAAGGUGUCGGUAUUCUACAAUACUUUGGACCACAUUCACGUAAUGCCUCCACUCCGCCUGUUAUUAGUAGCAAACAAAUAGAGGCCAUAAAAAUGGAGCUUACUCAACAGAUUAAAGAGGAAUUGAUGCAAGAUCUGACAUCUAUGGGUUUCUCUAAGAAUUUCCCAACUUGUCCUCCUAAUACCGUUGUACCCGGGAUCCCGGAGAAUAGUCACUCUACUGUGCCUCCUAUUACAGAUGAGGAUGAAAUUCCUGAACAAUGUGAACUGUAUGUUGAUAAUUUAAGUCAUGCCGUGGCCUAUGGUAAUGUUUACAAGUUAGGACCCACCAUACAUAAUCAAAUGAUAGAAAAUGAUAUGGCGAGGGUGGUGGUUAACGAGGUCCUAGAUGCAAAUGCCCAAGUACCUAUACCCACUGAUGAGGUGGAAACGGUUGGACAUGCCCUUAACAAUUUCAUUCAAUGGCCGAAAAGACUUGUGCAAAUUGUUUCUGACAAGGAUGUUGAUGGAUCUGGGGAAGAGAAUGUUUCACCCAAAAGGCUGGACCCUCAACUAGAUUCCGUUCAACAAUUGGUUUUAAAGGCGAUGUGUAUGUCAGAAUCUAUAAAGCUCGAAUUGGAACACGACAGGAUGAAGUUUCUCUGGCUCUCACAGAGAGAUAUUAUGGAGUUGUGUAUGGGUAAACAAGAGUUAUCCAUAACUAUUCUAAGAUUGUGGUUAACGUAUUUGAAUCGCCUUUCUAUUAAUGUGGGUAAGAGUGACUUGUAUGGAUUUAUUGAUCCAUGUUUUAUUCAAAGUCAACACAAUCCAUCUAAAGCUGAAGCCUACAUACGGAAUAAGUUUUACGAUGAUAAAAAAGAGUGUUACCUAGCUCCGUAUCACAGCAAUCGUCAUUGGCAAUUGCUCAUUAUUUGUCCUAGGAAGAAUCAUGUAGUAUUCCUAUGUUCAUUGGAAAGAAAACCGGAUAAAAAUAUUAUUCACACUGUAGAUUCAGCUUUGGAGGGAUAUCAUAAGCUGCAAGGUGUUCAAAAGAAGAAGCCAAUAUGGACUGUCCCAGUUUGUCAAAGACAACCUGGCAAUUAUGAGUGUGGCUACUAUAUUAUGAUACAUAUGUUGAACAUUGUAUCUGAUGGUAUUAUUGAUCCAUGGAAGAAGGUAUUUGGAAAUUCAGAACCAUUCCAUGAGGAUGAACUUAUAAACGUCCGACAACGUUGUGCAAGUUUUAUUCUCGAGUACAUUCUAUGA